GAAAAUAAAUGUUUCCGCAUGCCUUAUUGGCACACUGAAGGGCAUAUAGAUCCUAUUAUUGACGUCUGGAUAGUUGCAGUCAUUCUACAUACCAUAGAUUAAGGUGCUUUCGUUAGGUGAGUUCUCUCAAAUAUUAUUUAGAUGAAUCAACGAGGGAGAGGAAGAGGAGCGGACAAGACGCUGCAAACUUUGCGAUCAUUGAAUGUGGAUUUUGCAAAAUAUCGCACAUUCCAUUCUCAAGAAGGCGGAAAGAACACACAAGAACACAAGACACAAAACACAACUAUACAAAGACACACAGCACCAUUACAACAACAUUUACAAUCCCCGGCAUUAUCAUCCCUGCAUGCUUCAUCAUCGUCAUUCUCAUCUGCACAUAAACACAUGCCCCCUCCAUCGGCAUCAGUACAUCAUACACUCAUCUCAUCGCACUCACCUUUACCAGGUACAAAAUUUACAGGAAACAUUCAUCCACCAUCAAAAUCAUCACCACAACAUAAACAAACAUCACACUCUCUUUCAUCAGCCACAAAAUCAUUCACACAAAACAGUCAUCCAUUAUCAAAACCACAUUCAUCACCACAACAUAAACAUACAUUAUCACAACCACUACCAUCAACCGGACAACGCAAUCGCCUAUCUCCAGCCAGACCAGGAUAUGAAAAAGAGUGGACGAAAGACAGGGAACCAUCUUCUAUAAUACGAUCUGUACAAAUGAUUAUGACACAACUACAACGGAUGGAAGAGCGACAAAUUUCGAUUGAAAAAAAAAUCGAUGAAAAUACAAGAGCUAUCACCCAACUGACGCGAAAUUCUGCAAUAAGAAGACCAAUGAAGCCACAGGAAAUCUUAUUUAGAACUGUGGACGAUUUUGUAGCCUUCGAAGACGUUGACGAAGACGUUUAUAAUGAUUUGGUGGGAUACUUUAUUUAUCUUGGACGGACCAAUCCAGUCGAUUGCGCUGCAGAAUAUUUUCGCAGCGUAUUUCCUGAGGAUGAGGAAGUUUCACCAUACCUCACCUUGAAUGGAAAAACAGGGGGAUGCAAAUUGCGAAACAGUCGCUUUGCUCAAGCAUGUCAAGAUGCCAUAAACGCCAAUAAAUAUUUUACCAACCUCAAUAACGUCGAAUUUUAUGAUGCUUUGGAGAAGGCUUUAAAAAGCCUUAAAACUAGGAAAUGGCGUUACAAUAGGAAACGAAAAGCUCCUCUUCAGAGAGAAGAAAAUGAAGAAAAUGAAGAAGUUCCACCUAAUCAACGCCAGCGAAUAGAUGACCUGGAAGAGGACACGGGAAUUGAAAACAUCCAGGAGGAAAUUGAGGACACUGGGACAAUUGAGGAAUCAGAGAUCCAAGACACGGAGGAGGAAAACGCCGAUGAUAUUGACACCCAGGACACGGAGGAAACGGAGAACAACGACGAGCAGGAAUAUUCGACGACAGAUGAUCUAUACGACGAUGACAUAGUCCUUUUUGGCAGUCCAUGAGACCCUUGUUAGCGGUAUGUAAUUUUGUAUUUUGUAUUUUUUUGUUUCGAGAAGCAGUAAUAAAUUUGGAUGUGCUUCACAGAGAACGGCGGGGUGGGGCCGUUCUCAUCCCUAAUUCACUUCUUUUUUUUCAGGAUAAAUGAUAUGGAGAGGCAAAUAUUUGGUUGUGCCUCACAGGAAAGGGCGGGGAUGGGGCCCUUUCCCUUACACAUGAUUUGUUAAAACUGUAAUUUCAUUCCAGGUCUGCGAUGAAUUAUGUCUAUACAUAUAAAUUUUACAAUAAGAAUCAAACGCGGUAACUUGUGCACUUUAUAAUUUACUAAAAUUUAAAUAAUUAAAUAUAAUAUAAACAAUAUAAAUUAUUUAUAAUAUUUUUAACAAUAUAUACAAUAUACAUUUUUAAUUCAUUAUCUAUGCAUUGAAGAUGAUCCAAAAAAAGGAUCGAAAUGCUGUUAAUAUUUUAUAUUGUUUAAGUAUUUAUAAUGUAAUAAAAUAUAAAGCGCACAAUUUACGGUGCUGACUCUUAUUGUCAAAUUU